UCCUUAGAAAUUCGAAUAUGUCUAAUAAAUUUAGAUUUAUAUGGAAUGGUUUCUCACGCUUUAGAAUGGCUAGUAAAGUGAUUUCAGAUUUUCGUUCAUAUCGUACCUCCACUUAUAAACCUUCAACACCGAUUGCGCUUGGUUUUUCUCUUUUUACAUGGCUGGGCUUUCAAAAGAAACUUAGCAUGGAAGAUGAGCUCAUUCUUACAAUCAAACACUGCGUACUCUUUAUUGAGAGAGGCGAUUACGAAAAAGCUGAACAGCUUCUUCAUGUAGCUUUAAGACAAGCUCAGCAAUUCCAACACCAACUUGGCAUUACAUAUAUUUACGACGUUAUGGCUAAUUUGGCUCUUGAAAGAAAUCAACUGGAUGCAGCAAAACAAUUAUUUAUUGCCGUUACACAGAGGAUAAUGUCAGAUGGUGCUACAGAAGAUGAUGUUAGAGUUGUUCACAUUAGUGUGAAGUUAGCCAGGAUAAGCCAUUUGAAAAAAGAUUAUUCAACAGCUCAGUUAGGUUAUGAUUGGUGUAUAGAAAAAUUAGAUAAAGCUUUAAGUAUUAAUCCUGAUUCAGAUAUACUGAAAUUACUGAGUAUAGCUGAAGACUGGUAUGGUAGAUUGUUCAUAGAAUGCAAUCAAUAUGAACAGGGUCUCAAGUUGAUGACUAGUGCAUUAGAUCGAAUGAAACAAGUACCCAAUGUGGAACAAGAGCACAUUGUAGUUCAAUUAAAUGAUAUAGGUACUGUGUGUGAUUCAUUGGGAAGAACUGAUGAAAGCAUCAACUACUUCAAUGAAGCUAUACAAUUAGGAAAAAAUAAUGAGAAUAUAGAAUUAGGAACUAUGUAUAUUAAUUUAGGACGAGCUUACAUGAAGAAAAACUUACUCAAUGAAGCAAGAAAAAGUUGUGGCUUUGGAUGGAAACUAGGUGUAAUGUCUAAAAAUAAUGAAGUAAAGAAAGAAGCAGAGUUGUGUAUCAGUCAAAUAAAAAAAAUAACUUAAUAGUUUAAUGGUUGUUUUAUUUUGUACAAACCAAUUUUAUUAUUUGGAAAUGAAGUUCUCAAAUAAAACUAUUGCUAUUAUAAAAUCAGUAUUAUACAUUAUAUCUCAAAAAUAAAGUGACAGAAAAAUAAUAUACUUAAUGUAAAUGCAAUAGUAGAGAGAUUUGCAUACUAGGCAUAUAAUAUCUAAACUUAUUUAAUUAUUGAGCACUUUCUUUUGUAACACUGAAAGGUUCUGGAACAAUUUCUGCACGAGAAUCUGUAAUCGUCACA